GUUUCUACGAAACGCACCCAUGGAGAGCUUUCACUUGCAAGUAUAAGUGGAACCAGAACCGUACUUUUUGAGAAAUUGACACUUGAGAGGACUUCCGUGGAUGUCACAGUCUUAUCUUCCCCCGUGAUUGUUGUCAGGUUGCAAGAUGACUGUUACAAUAACCGCAGAACAUGUUUACAAGGAGCCUGUAGAAGUUGUAGCAGCCACCCAUUUAGCAAAAUUCCCAAAUGAUUUUGACCCUAAUAUUGUAGUCUGUAAUACUGUAGAGAGAAGUAAAACAACAGAUGGAAGAAAUUACACCAAGAGAGUUGCACUUGUUCGUAAUGUCCUGCCAUCUUUGUUAAGAAGGACUAAAAGCCUUCAGGUUGACCAUUUUGAGAUGGAAGAGGAAUGCUGGUGGGACAAGAAGAAGAGGGAAUUUCAAGUCCAAUCUGAGAACAAAUCUGUUAAAGACUGGAUUGACAUGAGGGAGCAUUCGGUCUAUAUACCUCAUAAACAAAAUGCCAAUUGGACACAAUUUGAUCAGGUUGGGACACUAACGGUGAAGGGACUAGGAAGAAUCGGAACUGUCAUUGAAAUAUUUGGUCAAAAGUUUCUGAGUGUUGGAGCCCAACGUGGUAUCAAAAUAACAGAAGCUCUGAUGGCUGAAAAAUCUAAACGAAUUACUUCAUUAUGGUAUUCAGAAUUUCUCUUUGCCUGAUACGCUCUACAUAUAAUUCAGCGCACUCACAGGGUUUUUCUGGGUAUUUUAAGCACAAAUAUAUUAUU